GGUGGGUUUUCCACCGUCAGAAACUUCUACACUUAUUAAAAACAGUUUAAAUAAGAAAUUCUGCAAGACGAAACGAAACGAAACCUAACACUUUCAGAAAAAAGAAAUUUUAGGGGAAAACCAAACCAUCAAGAAGAAUUAGGGUAAAAGCACGGAGAUGAAGACUAAGGAUUAUUCCGAAUACGAUCUAGAUCACACUUUUGAUCCUGAUGAUUCCGAUGAUAUCACUAGAUGGGGAGUAUUAUUAUUGAAAUUAACACAAUUUCAACCUGACGCCGAAUCGAAGACCAAUGCCAUAGUAGCGGCUAUAUCCAAACUUGAGCACUCACUGGUUAAAGAUCCAUUUAACCCCAAUACAGUAUGGUGGUUGGGUAACGCCUAUAAGGAGCGUGGAUUAAUUACUCCUGACUACAAUGUAGCUGCAAUUUAUUUUGAUAGAGCGAUUGAAUUUUAUGAAUUAGCAUUAAUGGAGGAACCAGAGGAUCAAAUAUAUCUCAAGUCUUUGGAAUCAAUUGUUGAGGUAAAGACAUGUUUAGCCCAACAGGCAGCAGGAGCAAAAAACUCUUCCACUUCAUAUGCAGAGGAAACUACAAAGGCUGCAGAAUAGUAUCCGGACAAGUAAGAGAAGCAGAGGAAGCGGAAAGUCUUGCGUUUUUUGAAGCUGUGAGAUGGAUCAAAACUCAAGGCCUUUCAACUGUCUGCUUAAGAGGAGAUGCAAAAAAAGUAGUUUCUUCUUUGACCUUCUUUAAACUAAUGACCAGAUUAGCUGGUUUAAUGAAACAGUUCUAGAUGAUUGUCUGUCGUUAUUAGUGUUUGUCUUUCUUUAAAGUUGCUUUUAUUGGUAGGGAUCUUAAUGCUGUAGCUGUUUAGUAGGAAGUUCAAUGUCACAGGUGAAUGGGUUAAGUCUGUACCCCCAUUUCAUACCAUAAACUCUUUUAUUUUGGAAUCUCCCAGUUAUGCCCGUGCAUUACUUUUUAGGUUGAAUUGUUCUUCAUAUUGAAAUCAUGCAUGGGUUGUAUUUUCAAGAAAUCAGGUUUCUCCAUCCUCAGGAAUCGGGAAGAAUGAUUUGCAAGGCCGUCAGAUUUAUUGGUGUUAGAAAUAUAUAAUGUGACUCAGUCGGGGAUCACCCUUUUUUAUUGUUUU